GUUUUACUUAAUUAGAAUACAUUUUUAAGUUAUUAUGAAAAUUUUUCAAAACCCAUCUCAAUCGUACCUAAUCUUUAUAAACAAAUCUCAACUAUGAAUAGUUUAAGAGCACUCCAAUUUUAGACUCUUUUAAUUGAUCUAACUAAAUAAGUUGGAACAGAAAUCUGCAACAAAUACAUUAUUGUAGAAUUAACGGACGGUUCAAAUGUUCACCUAAUCAAAUCACUAGGCAAUAAACUCACUCAACAAGACCCACAUCAACUCAUUUUGCUAGAAAUCAAACCCGGCAACCCGGUUUACAAACAUGGAUACCCAUAAAUCAAUCCGCCAUCAUCUUCCUUCGCAAUCGCUGCUCUUCUUUACACUAUUCUCUCUCUUCCAAUCAUGUCUCUGCUGGACCGGCCUCUCGGUUCAGUACUCCAUUACAGGCUUCGAACCGGAAUACCUUCAAUCAGAGAACCGGAUGAUGGAGUUGUUUCAACAAUGGAAGAAAAAACAUGGGAAGUCAUACGAAAACAGUGAGGAAUUAAUGAACCGUUUUCAGAAUUUCAAGUGUAAUUUGAAAUACAUCGUAGAGAGAAACUCGAACCGGAGUGGGAAUUCUAUGGGUUUAAACCGGUUCAGUGAUAUGAGCAAUGAAGAGUUUAGGGAGAAGUAUAUAGGGAAGGUGAAAGGCUUGGUUGAGUUGAGUCAACGGAAGCAUACGCGCGCGCGGUCAGUGUUAAUGUGUGACGCGCCGCCGUCUUUGGAUUGGAGAGAAAAGGAAGUGGUUACUCCGGUCAAAGAUCAAGGUGUUAGUGGAAGCUCCUGGGUGUUCUCUUCUAUUGGUGCCAUUGAAGGAAUCAACGCAAUCAAUAAAGGAGAACUAGUUACCUUCUCAGAGCAAGAGCUCUUGAGCUUCAACAAGAGUAAUUAUGACGGUAAAGGGGGACACAUUCGAAAUGCAUUUGAGUGGGUCAUAAACAAUGGUGGUGUUGUUAGUGAAGCUAAUUGUCCUUACACCACAGCUGAUGGUACCUGUUCUACCACCAAGGCUGUGAACAGUAUAGUACACAUUGAUGGCUAUGGAAAUGUGGAAGAAUCAGAUACUGCUCUCAUGUGUGCCACUGUUAAUCAGCCAAUAAGAGUUGGUAUCGAUGCAUCCUCUAUCGAUUUUCAGCUAUAUACUGGGGGAAUCUACGCUGGUUCUUGCUCGAGCAAUCCAGCUGACAUUACUCAUGCUGUCUUGAUUGUUGGCUAUGGCUCGGAAGGGGACACCGAUUAUUGGAUAGUGAAGAACUCUUGGGGCACUACUUGGGGAAUGGAUGGCUACAUUUACAUAAAAAGAAACACAAACUUAACCUAUGGUGUUUGUGCAAUUCAUGCCUUAGCUUCUUACCCAAUACAGACAACUUCAGCCAAAUCUCCAUCUUCUGCUCCAUCAGAUUCGCCGCCUUUACCUCCACAGCUCGCUCCACCAAAUCCUUCACCACUUCCUUCUGCUCCUGCUCCUUCACCACCACUGACACCUCCCUCUCCAACACCAUCUUCUCCCUCGCCUCCUCCUCUGUCACCUCCUCCUCCUCCUCCUACCCCGUCUCCCACUCCAUCUCAUAAAUGUGGGUCAUUAUCUUACUGUCUGCCGGGCCAGACUUGCUGUUGCCUCUACGAGUUUUUAGGGUUUUGUCUAAUACAAGGUUGCUGUGAUUAUAGCAAUGCCGUUUGCUGCCCUGAAUCAGACUAUUGUUGCCCUGUCGAAUAUCCCAUUUGUGAAGCUGAUACUGGACUAUGCUUGAAGAAUUAUGAAGAUAAACUUGGUGUUGCGAUGAAGAAAAAGAAGUGGGCGAAGCACAUAUUAUCCUUGAAUAAACAUGAAGAAAGUGCUGGGGAUGUUACUUAUCAGACCCUCAAAUGGAGGAGAAACUGGUUUGCAGCAAUUCGAUGAUUUUGUUAGUUGCACAAUCCCUUGUUCAUGUCAUUAAAGGCAAUCUCGUAUUGUCGUCAGUUAUUAAUUCUCGAGGUUGUCGUGUUGACGAUUGUUUAUUACAUUUGCAACUUCAUUUUUUAUCGAAAUGAUGUAUCAUUGUUUUGAUCGAAAAUAAGUCGAAAGACCUUGUAGAUUUGGGUCGAACAUGCAUGAAGUAAUGUACAAAGAAAUAAGGGUGGUGUAACUUGACUGAUGUUUGUGCAAAAUAAUUUGCCCAAAAUACCUGCUCAUUACUCAAUAGUAAAUGUAUAAACGUUUCAAAUUUUGAA